AUGGGUGGUUUCCCAGAGGAUUAUCAAGUUGAGACUUGGAGAUUGAUUCAAUUAUGGAUCGCAGAAGGUUUUAUAAGGAGGCCUGGAAGUGAUAAAAGUUUGAGUGAAGUGGCAGAAGAUUAUCUGGAGGAUCCUAUCAGCAGGAAUUUGAUAAUGGUUAGAAAAAAGAGAUUCAAUGGUGAGAUAAAAGCAUGUGGAAUGCAUGAUCUACUGCAUGAAUUCUGUUUGACUGAAGUUGAACUGACAAAGUUUAUGUAUGUUGAGACAACCAACAUAGUCUCGACUGUUUCUGCACAGAAGCAUUUCAGUUUUCAAAAAAAACGCGGCUAUUCAGCUAUUGAUCAUUGCAAUCUAUUACCAUCAAAUGCCAGAUCUAUCUACUUAUUUCCUGACUUUAUGUUCAGAGUAAACCUUGAAGCUUUCUCCCAUUUCAAGCUUCUCAGGGUAUUGGCCGUAUUCCAUGGAUAUAAAAGUUUUCGUUCAUUUCCACUUGUAAUUACAAAAUUAUUUCAUCUGAGGUAUCUCCAAGUUCGAUGUAUUGGCAAUCUUCCUGCAUCAAUUGCAGAGCUUCAGAAUUUGCAAACUCUAAUAUAUGGGACACAAUAUGGUUAUACAACUUUACCAGAGAAGAUAUGGAUGAUGAAGAACUUGAGGUGUAUACAUAUGGGGGAAGCCAGCUAUUUACCUAGUCCUGGAAGAAAAAGUAUCCUAAAUAAGCAUCUUGUGAUAGGGAUGCCAAAUGUAGAGGAACUUUCUAAUCUCUCUUUCCCCAGUUGUACAAAUGAAGUCUUUUCUAACAUUCCCAAUGUAAAGAGAUUGAUCAUCCAAAAUACACCUUUAUUGACAACCUUAGAUAGGGCCAAUCGCCUCAUUGAUAUGUCCAGCUUAACAAAACUCGAAGCAUUGAAGUGUGUCACCUACUGUUUUUGGUCUGGGCGGAAACUGAUCUCCAUCAAACAGUCUUUCCCAAUAUCACUUAAGAAGCUGACUUUAGCUGGCUGGUUUUCAUUUCCUUGGAAAGAUAUGUCAACUCUUGUGAUGUUGCCAAAUCUUGAAGAGCUCAAACUUAAAGAUAAUGCAGCCGAUGGUGAUGUAUGGAGAUUAAGUGAUGAAGACAAAUUCCAAAGCCUAAAGUUUUUGUUAUUUCGCGACAUAAAUCUUAAGCAUUGGGAAGCUAGCAGUGAUAACUUCCCAUAUCUAAAACGCCUUGUUCUGAAGAAAUGCAAAAAACUUAAGGAAAUUCCAAUAGAUUUUGGAGAAAUUUGUAGUUUGGAGUCAAUUGAAUUACAUAAUUGCAGCACUCUUGCUGAGGAAUCUGCAAGAAAGAUUGAACAAGAACAAGAGGACAUGGGAAACAAUUGCCUUAAGGUCUACAUCAAUAUAUAG